UUCCCAUCUUGAGACCUGCCCCUCGACGCAAUUGACGUAAUACCGGCACUUACAAACCAUUCAGCAGUCCGAGGUUCGAUACCGCUUGGUCGCGUCUUGCCGUCUUGACAACUGUAAACACGCUCCACUGCCCACCAUGGCGACCAACCCGCCCAGGAAGAUCCAGCUCGAGCGCAUCUCCCACGUCUACUACAAGCACGAGAACAUCGAGGCGGCCAAGAAGUUCGCCGAUGACUUUGGCUUCUACGAGGCGGCCCAGGUUGGCAAGACGACAUACUACCGCGGCUAUGGGUCCGAACCACUUGUCAUGGCUCUCGAGGAAUCCGACAAGACCGAGUUCGGAGGUGCUGCUUUUGCCGUCGAGUCCGAAGAAGAGCUAGAAUACGCGUCCAAGAUCCUGCCCAAGGAUUGCAAGGCCACCGACGUCUACGAGCUCAAGGACGCACCAGGUGGCGGCAAGGCCGUCACUUUCUACGACCCUGUCGACGGCUUCCCCUUCCAUCUCGUUUAUGGCCAGACGCCCGUUGAGGCGAGGGACCCCAAGUUCCCGGUGCUCAAGGUCAACUUUCCCCAAGAGAAGCACCGCGGCCCCAACCAGUUCCAGCGAUUCCAGAAGCGGCCUGCCCCCGUCCACAAGCUUGGCCACUUUGGCAUGUGCGUGACCAACUUUGCCAAAGCCUACGAAUUUUAUUCGUCCUACUUCAACUUCCACCCCAGCGAGCUUGUCCACAAUGACGAGGGAGUCAACAUCACCGUCUUCUUCAGACUAGACCGUGGCGCCCAGGAGGUUGACCACCACUGCUUCUUCUUCUUUGAGGGCCCCAAGAUGCACGUCCACCACUCGUCCUUUGAGACGCACGACUUUGACGCACAGGUCCUCGGCCACGACUGGCUCCGCCACCAGGGCUACGAAAACUGCUGGGGAGUGGGUAGGCACGUCAUGGGCAGCCAAAUCUUUGAUUACUGGUUCGACCCAUCCAAGUUCAUCCUCGAGCACUAUGUCGAUGGAGACCUGCUCAACAUGGACGAGCCCACACACCACAACAAAGCCGCGCCCGACAACCUCCAUGUCUGGGGACCCGAGGUUCCUGCAACCUUCUUGCAAUAGGUUCGUGCUGAUCAAAUAUGGAAUGCUU